AGUUCUGGCUCAAGCUGACUCGAGUUCGAGGAAACCUGACCGUCUGCAGGCGCCCGGGUGCCAGGAACAGCAGGAGCCUCUCGCGCGGCUCCCGCGCCCUCCACCAUGCACGCGCACGGCCGCUGCGCGGCGCUCGGCGGCGACGCGUGGGUCGUCGGCCUCUCCCUGGGGGCGGGCCACCCAGCAAGGAGCUGUCGGCCGCCCACGCGCCUGCACUUCGUGCUGGACAACAGCGGCAGCAUGGGCAGCAAUUCGCAGCACGCCCAGGAGUGCUUCGCGGAUCUGGUCGACCUCGCAGGCGGGCCCUGUUCGGUGGUGGCCUUCGACUCAAGCGCCCACCUGCUCGGCGACCACUUCCGCACGGCGCAGGAGGUGCGCGCCGCACGUCUGCCCCGCCAGGGCGGCACCAACAUCACGGCUGGCGUCGAGCGCGCCCUCGAGGUCGUCCGCUCGUGCGAGGAGGGGCGCCGCGGCGGCGAGCGCCCCCACCACAUCUUGAUCCUGCUCAGCGACGGCGCUCACAUGGUCGGCCCCCGGCCUCAGGAGCGGCUGCCUGUGCUGGGGUCCCAACUGCGGGCGGCGCUGCCAGCGCUGCGGCUGUCCGUGGUGGUGGUGGGCGUUACGCGCAGUUCCGACACUUCGAUGGGCAUGUUGCUGAAGAGCAGCUUGGAGACCGUGAUGCUGCCCGACCUCGAGCCCAUAUACUUCGCUGCGUCGCCCAGCGAGAUGCGCGGGGUGCUCGGGCAGAUGCACGCUGGCAUGGCGAGCCUCCGCGGGAGCGUCGUGAGCGUCGUGGCGCCAGAGGGCCGCUCGUUCGUGCGCGCGGUGGGCGAGGCCGGCAGCAAGUCCGUGGACCUCCUCGCAGACGCUGGGGAGCAGGGGCUGCUCUGCCUCGGCGCCUCGCCUCCAGAGGAGGUCGAGGUGGACGGCGUCCGCGUGGCCUGUGCAGCCCCUCCCGCGGACGCCGCGGGCUUUGACGCAGGGCUCGCGGCCUCCGCGCUGCAGUCGCUGGUGCACGCCGUGCGUGUGCGGCGCGUGGCCGUCGGUGCCGACGGCGUGCGGACCGCGCUUCGUCAGCUGGGGUCGUGGGUCGCCGCGCUGGAGGAGCGCGCGGCCGCUUCGUGCAGCGGUGCGAGGCUGUCUUUGGCCAAGGCCACCCCCGCGGAGCGUCUCUCGCAGCACCGAGCCCUGCGCGGCGCGGUGCAGGGCGCCCGCGAGCUGCGUAACCAGCUGGUCGAGAUCGAGGCGCACCGGGCGGACGACUCUGCCAGCCAGGCCACCUUCCUGAACGGGGCCAGCCGCAGGUUCGGGGCCAAGGCCCUGCUGCUCGCCGCGCGCAACAAGGAGCGCGCCGGCGGCGACGUGGACCCCGCAGCUCGCCUGCAGGAGUUGCGGAAGGACAUCGCCAGCAUCGCCCCGCGCAUCAGGCUGGCUUUGCGCGAGGACUUCUGUGCCAAGCUGGGCGCGCUGGACGAUCUCGAGCGCGUGCAGCUGCACACGCGCUUGGUGCGGACUCUGCCAGAGCAUGUGCCACGGCAGGCCAUCAGCACCUUGUGCGGAGGCGGGAUCACGGUGGACAUGCUGGCCACUGACCUGGAGGUGGCAGCGCUCGUGGACAGUGGCGUUGCGAUCGAGUCUCUGCUGGCAGUUGCGGGCCAGCUGCGGCAGUCGUUCCUGUCUUUGCAGAGCGCAUGGGAGCAGCUCAAGGACUGGUGCGACCCUGCCACGGAUUCGUGCGGCACGGAGUACCAGCUGCUCAUGUGUUUUGGCGCGCUGGGCUGCCCAAUCGACGUCUCGCGCUGCGACGCCACGCAGAUGGACCCCUACGCCAUGUCCGUGACCCGCGUCCGAGCAGCGCCGGCAGACUCUGCGUCGCUGCUCACUGCGUUGCACUCGGAUCAGCAGGUGGUGCCCCCCGAGGGCGGCGUGCCCUUGCAGGAUCUUCUGGUGCUCGUGGAUCCAGACGUGCCCAACGCUAGCCGACUAGCCGCCAACAGCGCCUUGUUGAGGGAGUCUUACACGUCGGUGGUGCUUUGCCGCGACCUGCACAUGUACACGGGGAACAAGAUGCGUCUCGCUCUGCACGCGCACUCUCUGCUCGCAGCGGUGCAGCCUCCGCCGACUGCUGCGAGCAAGGAGGACCUGCGGGCGCAGCUGCGGCGACAGUACCUCGGUCGUGCUUUCCAGUGCUCCAUGUGUGGCUUCGGCCCCAUCGACCACUUCGCGUGCUCGGACCUGGAGGCACACCACGGCGAGGACGUGGGCGGUGGCGUCAUCAGCAAUGCGUGCCCCAGGUGCCAGUGGUUCUCCCCUGAACUGGCGGACUGGCCCAAGUGGGACGGGUCGCUGCCUCCGGAGGCGGUCAACGGCGCCGAUGCCCCCCAGCCGCGGGCGACGGCGAGCCUGACCGCCGCCUCCGUGGAGAUCGCCCUGCGCAUCUGCUACUCCGCCCGCGCCCUGUCCAGUCCCGCGCAGGACGGCGAGGCCCAGGAGCUGCUGCGCAGGCUGGACGCCUGGGACACCCUCACCGCGGCGGACGGCGUGGAGCACCCGGUGCAGCUGCUGCUGGCGCUGGCGGCGCAGGACGAGGUGCCCGAGGGCGCCCUGGGCCAGGUGCCACUGCUCGCCCUGCUUAAUGAGGUCUGCGCUCGGCGGGCCCGCAGCGACGGCCGCAGGGAGGCGGGCGGGGACGACGCCCGCGCGGCCGCGGCCGCGCGGAAGCGGUGCGAGGCCUUCCUGGGCGUCCACCCCCACACGGCGCCCUGCACGAGGCCGCUGGAGGAGGGCGAGCCGCGGAGCGAGGCGGUGCGGGAGGCGUGCUGCGGCGAGUGGUCCCUGGACGCGGAGGCCUUCGACUUCAAGGCCUGGGUGCGCGAGGCGCUGACGCCCUGGGCCUCCGCCCUCGUCUUCGUGCGCCGGCUCCGGAGCUCGCUCCGCGCCCGCGGCGGCGGGUGGAGGCAGCUCGGCCUCGACCUGGAGAGGGGCCCCGCGGCGUGGGCGGACGUGGCGCGGGAGCUGCAGAGGCCCUUCUGCGCCCAGGGCGAGCUGUGCGCCCUGCUGGGCGUCCGGCGCCCCGGCGACGCCCCCCGCGUGCUCGCCACCGUGGCUGCGCAGGCGUUCCUGCACGGCUCCUCGCAGCUCCGCCGGACCGCCGCCGCGGGGGGCGCCCUGCGGGAGCCGCUGGGCGACGUGCGCGACGGCGACACGCUGCGGGGGCUCUGCGUGGACCUGCGCAUGGCGAUCUACGAGGAGCGCGGGAGAUCCGAGGCUGGCGCUGCGCUUGGGUCGGCGGCGGCCGGCGACGGCGGCGGGGACGACGAUUUCAAUUUCUUGGCCAGCGCCGGCGCCUGCGGCGGCGGGCGGCGGUGGCGGGGAGCGUCGACGAGGAGCGCGUGGCCGCGAAGAUGCGCGAGUGGAGCGUCGUGGGCGCGUCUCUGGUCUACCAGCGUGCCAGGGUCGCCGACCUGUCGCAGUACGCCGGGCUCCUCGGCAGCGGCCACACCCACGGGCUGGACAAGCCCACGUUCUGGGGCCUGUGGCGGGCGGCCCGGGCAGGGGGCGCAGACGCGGAGAACGCGAGGCUGUUCUUGAGCCGGUCGAACGCCGGCUUCGUGAACAAGCACGGCCGGUGAUUGCACUUGUUCGGCGCUGCUGAGGUUGGCGGGGAGAGGAGAGAGAGAGAGAGAGCGCGCCGCGUGUCCCCACGCUCCCCCGAUGUACAGUCGCCGGAUCAGUUGUUGUACAGAAGCCAGUCCGGCAGCCGAGGGGCGGGCAGGGAAUCUAGCGGAGUGCCGAUUCCCGAGGACAAGAAAUGCACGCUCCAAGGAAUCCAAUGGGGGGGGGCCGUGUUGGUUGGCCCCUGGUGCGAUGUCGCUCUUCGCCAGGGUGCAAAAGGGUCUCUUCGCAUCGGCAACUUGCACCAAUUUUCGUCUCUCUCUCUCUCUCUCGCUCG